AUGUCAACCACUGUAGCAUCUGGCAUUACAAUCCCUCAACCUGACCCGCAAUUACCCGAAAGCAUAAUGGACAUGUUUUCUAUGAAGGGCAAGGUUGUAGCUGUGACUGGUGCCUCCGGUGGUAUCGGCUAUGAAGUUGCAUUGGGUUUCGCACAAGCAGGUGCUGAUGUGGCCAUGUGGUACAAUACAAACCCUGCCAUUGAGAAAGAGGUAGAAGCAUUAUCUAAAAUGUAUGGUGUAAAAGUCAGGGCUUACAAAUGCUCUUUAACCGAUAGCGAAGAAGUAGGAAAUACUAUUAAGCGAAUCGAAAGGGAUUUUGGUAAGAUUAAUGCAAUGGUUGCUAACGCAGGUGUUGCUUGGGCAAGCGGCCCAUUAGUUGACUUUGCAGAAAAAGAUUCCAAGGCUUGUGAUGCAGAAUGGAUGAGAAUAAUGGAUGUGGAUGUCAACAGUGUUUAUUACGUAGCCAAGCAUGUUGGGAGCAUUUUCAAAAGACAAGGUUUUGGCUCUCUUGUUAUUACUGCCUCAAUGUCUGGUCACAUUGUGAACGUCCCUCAGUUGCAAGUUGCCUAUAAUGCAGCAAAAGCUGCUCUUAUUCAUAUGGCUAGAUCUUUGGCCGUUGAAUGGGCGGGCUUUGCUCGAGUUAACACUGUUUCACCGGGCUAUGUCGAAACUCCAAUUGCUGCAACGCGCCCUCUUGAGUUAAAGAAAAAGUGGAUGUCAUUGGUUCCAAUGGGCCGUUUAUCAAGUCCAAAAGAAAUGGUUGGCGCAUAUCUGUAUUUAGCGUCCGAUGCCGCCACAUACGUGACUGGUACCGACAUCAUUGUUGAUGGUGGUUAUUGUUGCGCAUAA